AGAUUAUCCCUGGCAUGUCUUUGACUUGAACAUGUUUGUCAUAAAUUUAGUUGUUAUUGUUUACACAUAUGUUAAACAUUUUUAUGAAUACAAGCUAUUAUAUUUAAUGUAUUGCAUUGUUAGAAGCAUGUUAUUGCAACAUUAUUUGUUUGUUUUGUGAAGGCUGAUAAUUUUGGUAGUUGAUGUAAACAAAGAGAUAGGUUUUUACUUGCAAGGUUUGUUUUGGCAGAAAAAAUGUGCAUUGGGUAUUUAAGGAAGAUUUCUUUUGCGAAAAACAACAAUAACGUUCUUUAGUUUACAAUGGAUUCUGCUGAAAAUCUUAGGGAUGAUUUAAAUGAAUUUGAAGGUGUUAUUGUUGAGCUCAAAAAAGAAUAUUUCACUCACAAAACUCCUUUAACCGACAAUGAAACAUUGGUGCACAAGUUAUGUGUUCGUUUGGAGAAUGUGCUGCGCUAUGGACUAAGAGAAAAAUAUACCUUCAUGGGAUCACGCAAAGAUUAUUGGAAUUACGUUAAUGAUUGUUUACCAAAAGAUGAAACUGUCAAAUUCAUACAAUCGUACACAGAGUUUAAAUCUUAUCAGGGCAAGGGAAGAGCAUUUCUGAGGCAAGCUUUGAUGGAAAAAAGUUUAGCUGACGCACUACAAAGAUGUACCAUAAAUGAUCGGUUGACAAGAGAGUACUAUGUCACAGAUUCAGUAUUUCGAAAUGAUCAGCUUCUUAGAACAUUGAUGCACUCAUUGUACGAUCUAAAUGCUGUUGAUUUUCAAUUACCACACAAAGGCUAUGAUCUAGAUAGAAGCUUUCCAUCCUUUGCGAGGAAAUCAUUUGCUGAUGGUAAGAGAAGAUCAUCCACCACAAGCACUUUUAAUGAUCAGGAUAUUCCAGCUGACCCUGUUGUCAUAUUAAAUAAAAACAUUAACAAACUUGUAGAAAACAUGACCACAUGGUUGGGUAAAGAGACCGAAUCUGUGCAGUCAGAAAGCAGUUCUUUACAAACCAUCAUUGAUAGGGUAAUAGUAUUGAAUGAGGAUGUGAUCAAGUUAAAGUUGCGAAAGCAAAAUGAAUUAGACGCCUUGAAUGAACAAGUAUUGAAAUUAAAAGAAGAAAAAUCACGAAUUGAAAACGAAAAUGAUUUAAGACUGAAACAACUAAACGAACGCUAUGCUAAUUUACAACAGUUAGAUAGCUCUGCUACAAAUGAUAAAUUGAAGGAACUCUACGAAAAAGUGACUGCCACUGAAUUAGAAUUGAAUGAGUAUAAGGCAAAGUGCAGCUUACUAUCUCAAGACAUGUCAUCACUCCAUAAACAAGUGGACACAUUCCAAGAAGAGAACGAACAUUUAAAAUCAGAAAAUGCUGACUUAUCCAACUCCUGUCAACAAAGUCAAAAUGAGCUGACCAGUUAUAAACUUCAUGAACAUUCACAUGAAUGCACAAGCAAAAUUUUAGAAAAUAAAAUGGUCGAAUUGCAAAAGAUUAAUGAUACUGCUAAGGUUAAAGAAAAGGAAUUGAAUGAAAAACUAAUAAAUAGUGAAUCAAAGCUAAAAGUAAAAGAAAACGAGUUGUUAUCAUUGCAGGAAGCUUUUCAAAAAUCUACUGGUCUUGUUGUUGGAUCUUUUAAAGAGCUCAGAGAUGAGCUAAAUAAUCAACUUAAAGAAAAGACAGAAGUGUUGCAUAAUGUAACAUCGACAAAUGAGGAUCUUGCAAAAAGUUUAGUCAAAGAAAAAUCUGAUUUUGAAAAUGUUAAAAAUACACUAACAAAGAAUGUCAAUGAUGCUGCUAAGCGACAAGAAGAAGCCGAAAAGAUCGUUUCUGAAUUGAAAUUGAAGUUAGCAGAGGAAAUGAAGCACCAUGUAUUGUUGCAGGAAUUCGUUAGUAAAGUUUUUGAGAAUUUAAAUGGUAACGAUGAGACAGAUCAUAAUGCUGACAGCGAAGAUGGAUUGCUGAAAAAGUCGAAGAAAAAGAAGAAGAGGGAAACUGUCUGUUUGCCAAAGAUAUCGUCAGAAGAUGAACAGCAUGCUGCUUUGCAGAGAUUAAUGGAGUUACAAGAAGAACUCAUUGCCAUGAAGCUUGAGAAGAAGGAAGGUGAGGAAGAAAUUACUGCAUUAAAGUACGAACUGGCUUCAAUUACGAAAAAUUUCGAAGAAAUUCAACAAAAGUCUGAGACUGAAAACAAAGAGAAAGAUGCUUUGGAGAAGAAAUGUGAAGAGUUACAAAUGCAAGUGAACAAAUCGAAUGUCGAGGUUGAUAAAUACAAUGGCGAAAUAUUCAACAUGUCUUUGGAUGUAUCAAAACUUAAUGAACAACUUGUUAAUAAAGAGGAUGCAUAUGAAAAAGUCAAAACAGCUUUUGAAGAAUUACAACCUAAAUUUGAUGAGGUUUCACAGAAGAACAAAGAGUUAGAAGAGAUUAAACAGAAGAACUCUGAGGAGAUUGAAAGUCUUUAUAAGAGGGUAGAAGAAAUGACACAGGAGAAUUUUGCGUUACAUGGUCAAGUUGAGAGUUCAACUGCAUCACAAGUACAACUUAAUGAAGAAACUGAAUUUUUAAAAAAAGAAAUGGAAAAUGCAGUGGAAGUAAAAAAUCAAGAAAUUCAAGGAUUGAAAUUCCAACUUAGUACGGAAGAAAUGAAACGAGAAACCCUACAAAAAGAACUGGUGGACACGAAGAAGGCAAAGCACACACUGAUGCAAGAUUUAACAGACCGUGACGAAAUGUUGUCGCAAAUUGAAAGUAAACAAGCAGAACGAGAUGUGUUGUUGCUACAAAUUGAGACGCUGAAGAACGAAAAUGUCGAAUUAAAAGAGCAGACUUUAGAGAUGAAAGAGAAACGUGAUGUUGGAGAGAAAGAAAUUACCUUCUUGAAAAUUGAAGUGACUAAACUCGCAAAAGAGAAGGAAGAAGAGAAAGCAACUCGUAUUAAUGGUUGGAAUCGUUUGAACAAUCUCGUGGAAGAGAAAAAGAAGUCAGACGAACAGUAUAGAACUGAGAUUGCUCAGUUGCAACGAGAUAUUGAUGAAUUAAAAAAUCAUUUAGUUAGUGUGACCAAGGACAAGCAUGAACUGUGGACAAAGAAAGAUCACUUAGAAUUUGAAAUGAAAAUGAAAGCAGAUGAACGAUGGGUGAAAGAUGAGGAAGUAAAGAAUUGUACCAACUGUCAACAAGCCUUCUCUUUGACAGUUAGAAAGCAUCACUGUCGCUUGUGUGGCCACAUUUUCUGUAAUAAUUGUUCCAACAAUUGGGUGCAAACCGCUCAUAGUAGAAGAAAGAAGAGAGCUUGUAACGUGUGUGUGGAAUCGCAAAAAGAAACACAAGGUGAAGCGUGUGAUGUUGUUGACGGUGAUCACUCUGAUGACGUCAGCAUGUUGUCUGACCAAAUCAGCAUUACUGAUGAAUCUUUUGAAGAAGGAGUGAAGAACGCACCAGCUGAUUAUAAUACACGUCCUAACUCCAGUGACGAACUAUUGACCGAUCCGUUCGAAAUACUAGACCCGGCCGAUGUUGGCAGUUCCGGAUCCUUUGGACCAACCGAGCAUAUAACCAUAUCAAAACGCGAUAUCAUUAAUCCGUCAAUUAUACCGACUGUCGGAGAUGAAUCAUCUGAUGACGACGUAGUUUCAAAAGAAACGAUCGAAAUUUAUGUUGCGGCUGGGACGCGGUGUUUGGUACCAAUUAUUGUUGGAAGUAGCAAGUUUGAGUUAGUAUGGGAAUUCACUUCCACACCUAAAGAUGUUGGAUUUGGAUUGGCUUAUAAAAUAAACGAAGAGAUAGAAGAUCAGGACAUCCAGACAUGCAUUCCUCUUUCUCGUUACAUUUCGCAUAAACAAACUGUUCAUGGUCGUAUGAAGAUAAAAAACCCUGGCGUUUACUACUUUGUCUUCAAUAACUCAUAUUCAAGGUUGACCACCAAACAUGUCACGUGUGUGGUUGGAAUGUAUAGAAGCAAGCAAGAUAGUGUGUCUUCAUGUAAUUGAUGACGUAAUAAUUCUGGUUUUUGAUUUCUUAGGGACCUUUUGUAGACUGUCCACUCGAUCUAGGAAUUCGGCAAUUUGUUAAAACAUUAAAAGUUUUACAUGAGGAACAAAAUAUAGCAAGGAUAGGGUGAACAAGCUGAAUGAUAAAUUAUUUAAUGUCAUAUUUGAAUACGUUUUAGGUAUAUUUUUUAAAUAAAUGAAAAUUACUUUUUUUGUCGGGAAAUAAUAGUGUGUUGAAUUGACUGAUAGAAGAAACUGUUUGUAUAAGCAUACCCUCUUUUAAGAAACAUAAACGAGCUUGUCUAAAAUUGGAAACACGCAGUGGUAAAUAAGCAGUGGUAAAUAACAACUUGCGAGCCCAAAAAUGAGGCUCAAAUUUACUGCUUCUUAUAAAGAGGUAGAAUUAACAAAAGUAGGGUUGAUUUUGGAGCGUUUCCAUCAGCUACCUUUUAGCAGAAGUUUAGAUAAAGCUACCUUACCAACUACGAACAAUAGAUUAAAAAGAGGGUUGAAUUUUGAUUGUAGCUGCAAGAGAUUGAAAACUCCGAUAGCUCAGAACGUGUCAAUGUUUAUAGCGGACUUAAUCUUAAUCAGUAGUAAUUUUUUCUCGCGCCUUUUUUGGCCUGUGACGCAGAUUGUUCCCCACAAUACGGACAUCGUGGAAAAUGCGGCCAUGCCUUUUCCACAAGUACUAGGUACAGUGUUGUAGAUUCACGAUGCAUUUCCAAUACAUCAUUGUUCACAGCCUACUUCUUAAAUUCCACAGAAAUUCCACAAAAAUAUAUAUGGUGUAUGAUACUGUCUCAGCUGUUAUAUCUUCUCAAUGUUUGUCGUUGUUUUUUUAUAUUCACAUAAUUAUUAUUAUACAUAUCAGUAAUAUUGUUGUAGAAAUGUAAAUUUUGAAUUUGUAAAAUGUAUUUUUUUAUUUUGGAAUAAAAAAAAAUAUUGUCGUAA